GACUACUUUUCCCAGAAUGCCCCGCGGGCCGGGAGGACGCGCGCAGCGCUGUUUCGUGGGACCAGGAUUGAAACAAGAUGGCGGGCUCGUGGUGAGAAGCCGUCAAGGAGUAGAAAUUGGUAUGCUUAGAAGCAGAUUUUAAAAGCAGUUUAUCUUCAAAACAUCUUUUUUCAUACCACUUGAUAAGCAUCUUGAAACACCAUGGCUGUAGCUGCAGUAAAAUGGGUGAUGUCAAAGAGAACUAUCUUGAAACAUUUAUUUCCAGUCCAAAAUGGAGCUUUAUAUUGUGUUUGUCAUAAAUCUACGUAUUCUCCUCUACCAGAUGACUAUAAUUGCAGCGUAGAGCUUGCUGUGACUUCUGAUGGCAGGACAAUAGUAUGCUACCACCCUUCUGUGGACAUUCCGUAUGAACACACGAAACCUAUCCCUCGGCCAGAUCCUGUGCAUAAUAAUGAAGAAACACAUGAUCAAGUGCUGAAAACCAGAUUGGAAGAAAAAGUUGAACACCUUGAGGAAGGACCUAUGAUAGAACAACUUAGCAAAAUGUUCUUUACUACUAAGCACCGUUGGUAUCCUCAUGGACGGUAUUUGAGUUCAAACCUUGUUUCAACUUCUUCUGUAAUGGCUUUCAGUACCUGUUUCUUUCCUGCAUGUUCCAUAUUGCUACAAUCUGUUUUAAGCAUUCAUAACCAAAUCACUCUAAAGGUAUGUAACUUGACGGAGACAAGACUGAAGACAGGGAGACUAGGAGUCUUAAAACUGAGCAUGUUAUCUUUAGACAUUUGUGUCUAGUACCCUAUGUUUAAUCUUAUUUACUUAAUCUUACUGCUAAUCAGCUUUUGACUGCUAGUUAAUUUAAUCUCCUGAUAUUUUUUCCUAUCAAAAUUACUAGGCAAUUUUUAUUGUAAAUUGACUUUAAUUAGAUUAUCCCAAUAUAUAUCCUAAUAAAGAGCUUGGCAGAAAAACCCCAGAGACUAGUUUAUGUGUAUAAAGAGAAAUUUUAUCUGUAGGACUUGUCCUUGUAGAUGUAUCAUCUUGCUGAAUUUUAAAUAUGCCUAUGUGUAAUCACUUAUCAUUCAACACAUAUUUAUUUGAUAUCUACAUAUGUAUUUUGGAUUAAUGUGAAUCAUUUUCAAGUGUUGGUUUCUGGAUGUCAGUGGCCAUUUCUUUCUUUUUGUCUAUCUAUCUGUCCGUCCGUCCAUUCAUGCAUUGAUUCAUUCAUUCAUUCUCAGCUUGUUUUCCCUAGUCAGACCACUUCUUUUUAAACCUCAUUUAAUAUAUAGAAGGAUGAUUUACUAAAUAUUUCACAGUUCUUAAGUUACAGCAGUCAAAAGAAUGGGACUCAUUAUGAAUUUAAUAACUGGGCAUAUAUAACUUCUUCUUAAAUAAGUUUUUAUUAAAAGGUAUAAAACACAUUUUAUUUAUUUAUUUUUUUUUUAUUUUUCUGAGACAGAGUCUUGCUCUGUCGCCCAGGCUGGAGUGCAGUGGUGCCAUCUUGGCUCACUGCAACCUCCGCCUCCUGGGUUCAAGCGAUUCUAGUGCCUCAGCCUCCCAAGUAGCUGGGACUACAGGUGCACACCACCAUGCCUGGUUGUUUUUUGUAUUUUUAGUAGAGACGAGGUUUCACCAUGUUGGCCAGGCUGGUCUCAAACUCCAGACCUCAAAUGAUCCCACUGCCUUGGGCUCCCAAAGUGCUGGGAUUACAGGUGUGAGCCACCAUGCCUGGCCAAAACACACAUUUUUAAAAAGUAUUUUUAAACUAUGCAGAAGUAUUUAAAAUAUAAAAUAGAAGUGUUCUCUAUUUCUAUGUUCUCCAUAGGGAAUUGGGUAUACUAUGAGGUAGGGCUAUUCAUAGAGGUAGAGGUUAACCCACCUAGAUGUUGAACAUCUUUUCAUGUGCUUAUUGGCCAUUCAUAUGUUUGGGUUUUGGUUUUUGUUUGUUUUCAGUUAAGUAUCUGUAGAAAUAUUUUGCCUAUUUUUUAAAAAGCAAAGUGGUUGUUUUAUUAAGGUAUAAAACUUACAGACCAAAGUGCUAUAUGAGCUAUAUGCUUUGUAAAUUUUUUUAUCUAAGCUUGCCUUUCACUAUGUAUAUAUGUAUGUAUGUAUUUUAAUAGAUGCUGUCUUAGAUGUGGUUUCCUAGGAGACCCUAAGAUAAGGAUUUUUUUGUUUGUUUUAUUUCAGUUUUUAGCUUCAGGGGGUACACAAGGGUAUAUUGUGUGAUGCUGAGGUUUGGAGUAUGAUUGAACCCAUCACCCAGGCAGUGAGAUAGUGCCCAGUAGGUAGUUCAUCAGCUUUCUGUCACCUCUUUCCCUCCUGUCUGUUGUCCCCAGUGUUUUUUGUUUCCAUCUUUGUGUCCGUGUGUACCCAGUGUUUGGCUCCCACUUAUACGUGAGAACAUGUGGUAUUUGGUUUUCUGUUUCUGUGUUAAUUUGCUUAGGAUAAUGGCUUCCAGCUGCAUCUGUGCUGCUGCAAAGGACAUGAUUUUGUUCUUUUUUUAUGUCUGUAUAGUAUUCCAUGGUGUAUGUGUACCACAUUUUCUUUAUCCAGUUCACCAUUGACAGGCACCUGGAUUGAUUCCAUGUCUUUGCUGUUGUGAGUAGUGCUACAGUGUACAUACAAUUACAUGUGUCUUUUUGGUGGAACAGUUUCUAUUCCUUUGGGUAUUUACCUAGUAACGGGAUUGGUGGGUCGAAUGGCAGUUCUGUUUUUAGUUCUUUGAGAACUCUCCAAAUUGCUUUCCACAGUGGCUGAACUAAUUUACAUUCCCACCAAUAGUAUGUAAGCAUUUGCUUUUCUUUGCAGCCUUGCCAACAUUUAUUAUUUUUUUCUGUUUUUAAUGAUAGCCAUUCUAACUAGUAUCAGCUGGUAUCACACUGUGAUUUUUUAAAUUUGCAUUUCUCUGAUGAUUAGUGAUGUUGAGCAUUUUUUCAUAUGUUUGUUGGCUGCUUGUAUGUCUUCUUUUGAGAAGUGUCUGUUCAUGUUCCCUUGCCCACUUUUUAAUGGAAUUACUUGUUUUUGCUUGUUGAUUUAAGUUCCUUACAGAUUCUGGUUCUAGAAGGGGUUUGAGAAGUCAUUAAACUCUUGAAAUUAUUUGUAAAAAUUUUGAAUAUGUGUUUUUCUGGGCAGUGGAUUCAAAACUUUUAUCAGACUCUCAAUGAAGUAUGAGACCUUCAGAAUGCUAAGAACUAUCCAUUAAAAGUGUCAUUUCAGCAUACACUGUUCAACUAUAUUUACUACUCAAGACUGAAAAUGUUUGAGACUCUGGUAUCCCUAAACUGAACAAAGUCAGGUUCUAAAAUAUGCUCAAUAAAUGUCAAAUAGCAUUUACAGAUAUCUUAUCAUGCAUGAAUUUUAAUGUACAGUACAAUCACUAGCCAAAAGCAAGCACCUUCAUUUUAGGAUGACCUUAUUCUAUCAUCCAGAUUGGGAACCUUGCAGACACUAUUAAUAAUUCAUACAAGAGUUAAAUUGAGAUUGCUCCUGGCAAACCAAGUUAUAUUGUUACACUUCUUAGAUUACACAAUGACUCAGUGACAUCUGGAACGCUGGUCUACAGCUCUUAACCCAGAAAACUUUACUUCCUGGUUCAUACUAAGCUAGGUAAUCAAAUCUGUUUCCUACUGAUGGAAGUAGCUAAUUUUUGUUGUCUCCGUGGGAAAAUAUUAAAGUAGUUUCUUAAAUAAAGUAGUACUAUUCUUCAUGCAUUUGUAAGAUUGCCCUAUAUUUCAGAAAUUUAGAAUUAUUUUCUCCUUCCUGCCUGCCUGCCUGCCAGCCUCCCUCCCUCCCCCCACCCCCUCUCUUUUACUCUCCUCCUUUCUUACUUAGAGUCAUGGUCUUGCUCUAACACCCAGGAUGGAGUGUAAUGACACAAUCAUAGCUCGUUGCACCCUCAAGCUCCUGGGCUCAAGUGAUCCUCCCACCUCAGUCUUCUGAGUAGGUAGGACUACAGGCAUACAGCACCAUGCCCAGCUAAUUUUUAAAAAUUGUGGGGGCUGGGCACAGUGGCUCAUCCCUGUAAUUCCAGCACUCUGGUAGGCCAAGGUGGGCAGAUCAGUUGAGCCUAGGAGUUCGAGACCAGCCUGGGCAACAUGAUGAAACCACAUCUCUACAAAAAAUUUAAAAAGUAGCCAGGCAUGGUGGUAUGCAUCUGUAGUCCCAGCUACUCAGGAGGCUGAGGCAGGAGAAUCUCUUGAACCUGGGAGGUGGAGGUUGUAGUGAGCCGAGAUCAGGCCACUGCAUUCCAGUCUGGGUGACAGGGCAAGACCCUGUCUCAAAAACAAACAAAAAAAAAGGUAUUACGGGAAUCAGAAUCAUUUAUCCAUUUUAAAAUGUGUGAGCACCUACUAUGUGUAGAUCCUAAGGAUUCUGUAGUACACAAAACAAGAUAAAAAUCCCGACUUUCAUGGAUCUUACGUUCCAGUACAGGAGAUAGGAAAAUAAGAUGAAUAAGCUGGUCAGGGAAGGCUUCAUUGAGUAAAAACCUGAAGGAAGUAAGAGAGCUAGCUUUACUGAUACUGUGAGAAAGAGUGUUCUGUGUGACAAACAGCAAGUAUAAAGGCCCUGAGGUGGAAGGAAGGACAUGUUCAAAAGCAAAAAAGAGGCCAUGUAGCCAGAAUACAUGAACAAGGAAAAGACAGUAGGGCAUGAGAGCAGAGAGGUAAUGCAGGACCAAAUCACGUAGGUAGUUGUAGGCCUAGAGUGUUUCUGAGUGAGAUAGGAAGUUGUUUGAGGAUUUUCAACAGAAAAAUUACAAGAACCAAGGAAGUGUUAACAGUAGGUUACUCUGGCUGCUAUGCUACAAACAGACUGCAGCAAAGCAAAGGAAGCAGCUGGGAGACCAGUUAGGAAGUUAUUUCAACAAAACAGGCAAGAAUGGUGAUUUGGACUAGGAAAGCGGCAGAGGGAAUGGUGAUAAGUGGUCAAAUCUAGAUACAUUUUGGAGAUAGAGCUAACAAGAUUCGCUAAUAGACCAGAUGUUGGGUAUGAGACAGAGAGAGGAAUCAAGAGUGGUACCAAGGUUUUUGGCCCAAGCACCUAGAAGAAUAGAACUGGCAUUAACUGAGAGAGCAGGCUUCAGGAGAAGCUGGUUUGUGGAGGACCAUCAGAAGCGCAGUUAGACACAUACCGAGUUAAGGAUACCUACUACACAUGUCAAGUAGGCAGUUGGAUAUGUAAGUCUAGAGGUCAAGGGACAGGUCUUGACCACAGAUGGAUUUGGAAGUCAUCAUCACACAGAUGGUAUUUAAUGCCAUGGGACUGGAUGAGAUUCCUGUCCUAGACAAUGGAACAGAAAAGUGGAGAGGUCCAAGGACUGAUUCUUGGGGCACUCCAAAGUCUAGAGACAAGGGAGAUGAAAAGGAAGCACCAAGAUAAAUCAAGAUAGUAUAUUAACUUUGGAUAUGUAGAAAGAAUUUCAACCAUUACUAAGGUCGAAUUAACGAGAAAAGUAACAGACACACCAUCAGGAACUCUAUAGAGAUAUAGUGAUACAGGGGUCCCCAGAGAAACUCCGACCAGCUUGUGCACUGGGAAAAUGGGGUGGAGCUUUGCGAAGUUCGCGCUGUUUGCAGGGAAAAGGAGCCUGGCCUCUUGUGAUCUGGUGUGGUAACCUGGGGAUUCAAUCUGUGAGAUGUGGGCCUGUUAAUAGGAACCUCUCUUGCUUUGCUGAGUUUUUUCCUUUUCACCCAAUAAACCCUGUCCUUCCUCACCCUUCAAAUUGUCUGUGAACCUAAUUUUUUGUGGUUGUGUGUCUUUAGCUGACCUAAGAAAAAAAUCCUACAACAAUAAUACUGCUCAAAUGAUGUGUUCUAGGAAGAUUAUAUUAGAAGGAAUACUUUAUGACUUGAUUUUUUUUCAUGCCAACUAAGGAAGACUAAAGACUCAGCCUCCUAAGUAGCUGGGACUACAGAAGCAUACUACCAUACCUGGCUGAUUUUUUUGUUAUUGUUUGUAUUUUUUGGAGAGAUGGGGUUUGCCAUGUUGCCCAUGCUGAUCUCCAACUGCUGGGCUCAAGCAGUCUGUCCACCUCGGCCUCCCAAAGUGCUGGGAUUACAAGCUUGUAAUCCUGGCCCACAGAUUUAAUAGUAAACACUUCAGAUUUUCAGACAUGAGAUAAUCUAAUCAAUGAUACUUAUUAGCCACUGGCCUAUUCAGCAUUGAUUCUUUAGAGUCAUACAACUUAAACUCCCAGUUCACCCACCUUGGGUGAGGCCAAUAAUUAGACUCAGGUAGCUUCAAGACUGAAUGAAGUGGGGCAACACUUCUGGAUCAUUAAGGAUCUGCUGACCUUGAUUAAGAAUCUGAUAAUGAGGAACAUCUUAACCCGCCUGUGACCUACCUGGAUAAAAUGGAUAAACCUAUGUAACCUGGUAGCUGAACUCUGGAAAUAAAACUUCCAAGAAUCACUGGGAAAUUUACCAGUGCAUCCUCAAAACUUCCAUAAAGUACCAUUUCAAAGAGGAACUGAACACCUUAAAGAAACUGUGAAGACAAUUAGGUGAGAUAGUAUUCCAUCAGACAAUAAUUUAAUACUCAUACAUUGUAUUAAGGAUACUGUGUUAGAAUUAUUGUGGAAAAUUACAAAACAGAUGUUUGGGUUUUGUUUUUGUUUUUGUUUUUGUUUUUGUUUGACACGGAGUCUUGCUUUGUCACCCAGGCUGGAGCGCAGUUGCACAAUCUCAGCUAACUGCAGCCACCACCUCCUGAGUUCAAGCAAUUCUCCUGCCUCAGCCUCCCGAGUAGCUGGGAUUACAGGCGUCCACCACCACACCCGGCUAAUUUUCGUAUUUGUAGUAAAGACAGGGUUUCGCCGUGUUGGCCAGGCUGGUCUCGAACUCCUGACCUCAAGCGAUCCACCCACCUCGGGCUCCCAAAGUGCUAAGAUGACAAGCAUGAGCCACCACGUCCAGACAACAUCCUUAACAAAGAGGAAAUACUCCAGAGAAGAAGAUUUAACCAAAAAAAGUCACCUAAAAAUGUAAAUAUAACAUUAACAGAUGCCUAAUAAACUAUAAUUAUAUGCAGUUGUGCUAAGAGGGACAGUAGAUAUUCAAAGUGAAUAUAAAAAAGUAAAAUGUCAUGAAGAAAGUAAGAUAAGAGCAAAUAGAAGAGGAAGAGUAAAAGUGCUGAAAACAGGGAUAAAGCAUUUUAAAUAGCUUGAUGUUGAAAUGAGAUGGGGCACUGAGGUCAGAUUAGGUUAAAAAAAAAAAAAAGGCAAGCCCCAACUAUAUGCUGCCUAUAAGAAAUCCACUUUAAAAAUAAAGGCAGCCAGAUUAAAAGUAAUACAGAAAUGACAAAGGUGACAUUACAACCAAUCCCAGAGAAAUACAACAGAUUCUCAGAGACUAUUUUUUUUUUUUUUUGGGUUGGGGGCGGGUGGGGAUGGAGUUCUGCUCUUGUCCCCCAGGCUGGAGUGCAAUGGCACAAUCUAGGCUCACUGUAACCUCCGUCUCCCAGUGAUUCCUCAGAGACUAUUAUUAGGAACACUUCCAAGCACACAAACUAGAAAAUCUAGAGGCAAUGGACAAAUUCCUGAAAACGUACAACCUCCCAUGAUUGAAUCAGGAAGAAACUGAAACCCUGAACAGAUGAAUAAUGAAUUCUGAAACUGAAUCAGUAAUAAAAAACCAACAACCAAAAAAAGCUCUGGACCAGACAGAUCCACAGCUGAAUUCUACCAGAUGUGCAAAGAGCCAGUACCAAUCCUACUGAAACUAUUCCCCCAACAACAACAACAAAAAAUCGAGGAGGAAGGACUCCUCCCCAACUCGUUCUACAAAAACGGCAUCGUCCUGAUACCCAAAUCUGACAGAGACAUAACAAAAAAACAAAACUAUGGGCCAGUAUCCCUGAUAAACAUGGAUGCUAAAAUCCUCAACAAAAUACGAGCAAACCAAAUCUAGCAGCACAUCAAAAAAUUAAUUCACCAUGAUCAAGCAGGCUUUCUGCCUGAGAUGCAAGGCUGAUUCAACAUAUGCAAAUAAAUAAAUGUGAUUCAUCAUAUAAACAGAAUUAAAAGCAAAAAAUGUAUGAUCAUUUCAGUAAACACAGAAAAAAAACUUUCAAUAAAAUCCAACAUCCCUUCAUGAUGAAAAUCCUCAACAAACUAGGCAUUGAGGGAACAUACUCCGAAAUAAUAAGAGCCAUUUAUGACAAACCCACAGCCAACAUACUGAACAAGCAAAAGCUGAGAUCUUUUCCUUUAAGAACAGAAACAAGACAAGGAUGCCCAUUCUCACUACUCCUUUUCAGCAUAGUACUGGGGAAGUCCUAGCCAGAGCAAUCAGGCAAGAAAAAAAAAAAGGCGUCCACUCAGGAAAAGAAAAAGUCAAAUAAUCUCUCUUCACUG